AUGGGUAUUAAUAAUAAAAAUAAAGAUAAUAAUGAAAUCAUGAAUGAUAACCACAAUAAUAAUAAUAAUAACAAUAACAAUAAGGAAGAUAUUCCAACAAUAGAAGAAUAUAACGAUUAUGAUCAUAUAACACCAGGUCCACCACCUCAUAAAGUAGUUCAAUUCUUAAUAAAUGAAAGUAAUAAUAAUAAUAAUAAUAAUGAUAAUAAUAGUGGUAGUCAUGAACACCAAAACAAUAAUAGUAGUAAUAUUAGUGACACAUAUACAACAGAUAGUGACACAGAAACAAGUAAAAUCUUAAAAAAAGUUAAAGAAGAAUUAAGAAAUCAAGAUAAAAUAAAUAAUAAAAAUAAUAAAAUAUAUCCACCUCAUUCAAUAUUUCCAACUUUUCCAACUGAUUUAGAUAAUGAUAAUGAUGAUUAUGUAAAUAAAGAACAAUUAUUUGGAAAUAAUAUUGAAGAGAUAAAUAGUAGUAGUGAAAUUUUUAAAAAUAAAAAUAUUAAUAAUAAUUGCAACGACGACGACGGCGAUGACGAUAAUGAUGACGAUAAUAAUAAAAAUAAUAAUAGUAGACAUUUCGAAGAGGGUGAUGAUGAAAGAGAUGAUACUCCCACAACCAUUUCAACAAAAACAACAACAACAAAUACAACACCAAUUACAUUAUCUUCAGCAGCUUUUAUAAAUACAAAUUUAAAUAAUAUACAGGGUAGUAUUGGUCCAUCAACACCAUCUAUAUUACCACGUGAUAUCUCAAAAAGGGAUUUAGUUGGAAGUAGCAGUAGUAAAGAUGUUGGUGAAGAUAUAGCUGAUGUAGUUGAGGCAAGUUUAAAUGUAUCAAAUUUAUCAGCUUCCUCAUCUUCCUUAAAUUCUAAUAGUGGUAGUAAUGUUGAUGAUAAUAAUAAUAAUGUAAAUACAACAACCACAUCACCACCACCACAACAACAACAACAACAACAACAACAACAACAACAACAACAACAACAACAACAACAACAACAACAACAACAACAACAACCUUCAAUAUCAAUAUCAACAUCAUCAAAUAGUUUACCAAUAAAUGAUAAUAUAAAUGCAUUUCAAAAGAGUUUAUCAGAGAAAAGGAAUUUAUUUAUUGGUAAAAUUAUACAAAAAGUAUUGAAUACAUUAAAGAAAGCAGCAUCUGAUGAUUUAUCAACCUCUCAAAAAGAUAGAAUCAUUGAAGAGAUUUUCAAAGAUAUUAGUUUGGAACUUGAUGAACCAGUAUUUGAAUAUCUAACAACAUUUGAUGAAAAAGAUAUUGAAAAAGUAAAUUCAAAUCAACAUUCAACAAUAUUUUAUCCAUAUCCAUGUUUAGAUCAAUUUUCAAAAAGAUCUUUUAAACAAAAAUCCCCAAUUUUAUCACCAACUCACCAUGUUGAUACUUCACCUUCAAAAUCAGCGACAAAAAUAACAACAUCAUCAUCAGCGUCAUCAUCAUCAUCAAAUUUACGUCAUUCAUCAUCAUCCCAAUCAAUAUCAGGAGUAAAUUCUUCAUCUUCAUCAUCACCAACAUUAACAUCAUCAUCAUCAGGUAGUGGUGAAAUUUAUUAUUACCAAUUAAUAUCACAAUAUUUUAUAAAUAAUCCAGAUAAGGUUGAACCAUUUAGACCAUUAUUAUAUUCAUUAUGGACGAAUAAUCAAUGGUUUUAUUUAAUUUAUUCAUCAAUGUUUUAUUCAUGGUUGUUAGAGUAUAGAUUAUCAUUAAUUAGUCAAUUGAAUGUAUUGAUAAAAGCAUCGAAUCGAUUGUUUUGGUAUGAUUGUGAUCAUUAUACUAGAAAGUAUUAUCAUGUUUAUCAAACUAUUAAACAAAAACUAUUGGAUUGUUCUCUUUGGAAUGGUUUAAAUGAAGCAUCAAUCAAAUCCAAUCAAGCUGGUGAUCCUGACAUUCAAAGAUCAAAUCUUUUAAGAAAUCGUAGAAUUUGGAUUGACUUUUAUCAUAUAGUAUCUGUAUUCUAUUUUUAUUAUGAAAGAACUAAUGAUCAAAUCAAUGAAUUUAGAUCAAUAAUUAAUAAACAAUAUCAAGAUUUUAUUUUAGAUAUAAGUCAAAAGAAACUAUUUAAUAAUACUAAUAAUAAUAACAAUAAUAACAGUGGUGGUAGUGGUGGUGGUGGUGGUACAAAUUUAAUAUUAUCACCUGAUGAUUUAUUUGUACGAGGUAUAAUUAAACAUGUUUCAUUAAUAAAGAGAGAGGAAACUUUAAUUAGAUAUAUUGAAAAAUGUUUAGUAUUUGGUGAAGGUUGGAAUUUAAAUCCUACAACUAGAGUAAAGUUACAAUCUUGUUUAUACUCUUUAACUAAACCUGGAUAUCCUGCUUAUGUACCAAGAAGUGUUCGUACUAAAAGUAGAGAAGUAUUGGAUAGAUUAUUCCCUGAUGGUAAAUUCUCAAGACAUACUGUAAAUUUAUUCUUUAGACUAUUACAUCCUUAUUAUUCAAUUGGUUCUAUAAUUCAUUGGGGUAUUUCAAUCAUUAAAUCCUAUAUUCCAUAUUUUAGAUAA